UUUCCCUUUAGUCACGACCUUGCUGGUUUGCUCUGUUUGCCUGAUCAACUGACCUGGGCAUGCCACUGUCAGUGCCACUAGUUUUGUAUAAAAAGCUUCUAUAAGCACCUAGGCUGCUCAGGGAAUUCCUCCAGGCUAGCUUUCCUGUCAUCUGUCUUAAAAUGUUUCAUGAAUUUAGUCCCCUUUUUUAGACCUGUUUAUCAUUAUAUCCUAGUUCCUUUUUCUUGUUUGUUCAUAUUUGGAUUUGGUAAUAGGACUUUAUGCUGUACCUUGACGCUAAUUUGGUAGCAUGUAUGUGGCUGCAUCCAGGAUUGCACCUUGAUUUCAUUCAACUGCUAAAGUAGAUAAGAGAUGCCAUACUUUUGCACUCACGUAUGGCCUUCCAGAAUAUCAUUUGCCAAGCAUAGUAUUCCCUUUACUAUCUGAACAAUUACAGAGAAAUCAGGCAAUGAUAUACCUAGCUAUUUGUCCUACAAAACUACAACUAAAGCAUUAUUAUGUAUAUUGCACCAGGGUACUUUGACAGUUAAAUAUCUAAGAGGAAAUAGCCACAAGUGAUCUAAACAUAAACCCAGAUUUAUAAAGGAAACACAUGAAAGGGCUGACAUUUUUUUUCUAAGCAAAAACAGAACACAGCAAAGGAUUAUGGCACAAAUCUAUGUAUAUAGAUAGAGAAUGCAAAGUAAAGGAAUCAUCAUGAAAGGAUGGGAUUAACUGAGAAAGGCUUCCUUGAGGAGGUGCCAGGUCCUUGAACUUGAUCUAGUAGAUAACUGUAAAUUACUGCCAGGGGUUACAGGAGUAGCACUUGCAUGGGCAGAAUGACAGUUGGAGAAAAUGGCUGCAGCAGCAACAGAUUAGAGGGUAGAGAGAAGUUGGAUUCUGGUAAUCCAUGGAUAUGUGGAUGGGAGGUAGGUAAGUAGGAGUGAGGCAUAGGGAGUCCCAUCAUAUUCUGGGAUUGCUGUGAAGAAAAACUAUGUUUGCUGUGAAACAGUGACAGAAACAAUACUGGACUGGAGCUCUCUAAUGUGGAUUUGAAGUCCUUGGGGCUUGGUGUGACUCCUACCUCUAGUCCUGCUGCUUUUGGAGGAGUGGACUCCCUAGUUCACCUAGGCUUGUUUUAAUUAGGCAUUUCUAAGGAAAACAGGAUAUGAAUGAAGAAAUAGUAAUGCAAUCCUUGGAAGAUUUGCAUCUCAGUAAAAGCAGCUGGCUCUUAGACCAUGAAUAGGUGAUUUUUCUAUCCUGGUGAAAAAUAAAAAAGGAGCCAUCCUUCCUGACUGGAUACUGGCGUGUGCUUAUACAUUUCAGUUUUCCUUCUGCCCCCACCAUCAGCAUCACAACUGCUGAAUCUUCAAUGAGUAAAGAUGCUUCAGGUGUUCUAUUUCUCUGCUGUUAUUGUCUCACUUUUUUUUACUUUUGUAGGAAUCAUAACAAGUCUAUUUAUUACAGUGGUCAAUUACAAAACGUGGGUCAGGAGCCACAGAAUCUCUUCUUCUGAUAGGAUCCUGUUCAGCUUGAGCGUCACCCGAGUUCUUAUGCUGGGAUUGUUUCUACUGAAUGUUGUCUGGUUAUUCUCUUCACGUGUUAGAAAGUCAGGUUUCAUGUCCAGUUUUUUUACAUUUUGUUGGAUGUUUUUGGAUUCUAGUAGUCUCUGGUUCGUGACUUUGCUCAACAGCUUGUACUGUGUGAAGAUUACUAACUUCCAACAUGCAGUGUUUCUCCUGCUGAAACGAAAUAUCUCCCCAAAGAUCUCCAAGUUUCUGCUGGCCUGUGUGCUGAUUUCUGCCUUCACCAGUCUCCUGUACGUUGUGCUCAGCCAGACAUCACGUUUUUCUGAACUUGCGGCUAGCAGAAAUGGCACAUUAUUUGAUGAAGGCAUCUUGUCUUUGGUGACCUCUUUGGUCUUGAGCUCAUUUCUCCAGCUGAUCAUUAAUGUGACUUCUGCUUCCUUGUUAAUCCAUUCCUUGAGGAGACAUAUACGGAAAAUGCAGAGAAAUGCCACUGGUUUUUGGGAUCCGCAUUCUGAAGCUCAUGUAGGUGCCAUGAAGCUGAUGAUCUAUUUCCUCAUCCUCUACAUUCCAUGUUGUGUUGCUAACCUGCUCCACUAUCUCCCUUUUUAUGUAGGGUUGGAUCUGGGGACCAAAUCCAUUUGUAUGAUUUUUGCCAAUCUUUACUCUCCAGGACAUUCUAUUCUCAUUAUUAUCACACAUCCUAAACUGAAAACAAAAGCAAAGAAGAUUCUUUGUUUCAACAAAUAGUGGAAUUUCAGCAGUAAACACUUCUGGAGUCAACUCACCUCACGGUUUGGGAGUAAGAUUUUCUCUGUUAACAGUUUUCUCUGUUGUCUGAGGAAUUGUGCUUGCUGAUUUGACAUCCUAGAUAUUUGAGUGCUUAUCUGUAAUGUUUUUUUUGCUGAUAUUUUAAAAAUAAGUCACAUUCUCUAAGGAAUUUGUUGGAGGCAUUGCUGAUCAUGUAUUUUGCAUGGCGACUGCAUCCCUGGAUAAUGGAAAUCAUCACAUUGUUCCAUUGGCUACUGAAAUGAUAAUGGGAAGUUCUCCCAAAUUAAGGAAGACAUGUGGUGCACAUGAUUGGUUAAAUUUUUGUAGUUUAGCUGAGGAGCCCUCAAUGAGGGCUCAGCAAUGGUCAAAUGGUCAUUGAGAGCCCCUAGCCAAGGAAAGGGGGUGUGGCACAAGAAAAGAAAAAAAGGAAGGUUUCAGAGAGAAAAGGAGGGAAAGAGAAGGGUGAAAACAAAUAGGUGUCUGAUGUGGGAGAAGACAGCAAAAGGGUCCUCACACUUACUAGGGGGUAGUAACUGAGCUCUUACUACCAAGGAACCCUUAGGACUGAAUUUCUAGGUUUGUUCUGGAAAGGAAGAAAGGGUCAGAGCUGAUGGGUGAGGGAAGUGGUUAGUAUUAAAGAUGCCAAAUCCAGAAUAGUUCCAAGGAUCUUAAAAUUCAGGGAGCUAGCCUGAGGUCAAAAGCAAGUGCCAAAUGGUGAAAUUAACACCAUCUGAGGGCAAAUUUACAAAAUACUGUACCUCACCAUAUGAUAUGGAAUUCAGUGGAAAGCUUGAAGGAGCCCUUGGACCAGUUAUGGGAGUAUGUAACUUUUGGCGAAUUUCUUUCAUGUUUAUGCAUUUGUGUACAACACAAUUCUUCUCCGGGAGAACCCUGUUUCUGGGGUUGCAACAGAAGGACUAUACAUCCAAAGGAACAGGAAUCUGAAGACAAGUUUUGGACUGGGAGUUGGGGAAUAAUAACUUAUAUGUAUGUAGUUUUUUAGUGUUCAUAAGAUGCUUAUAAUAUUUACACAACUCAAAGUAAAUAUGUUUUCAAAUUCUACAAAUUACCUAACUUUUUGCAUUUAGCCUCUAGAAUCUUGACUGAAACAUUCAGUAAGGGUUACUCAAACCAAUAAUUUAUUCUACAACACCUGGAAGUAUAUCAUGUUAGAAUCUUCAGAUCAAGAGAUAAAAGGAUUAUUGAGUGAUUAAAUGUACUCUAUGUCAUAAGUCUAAAUGAGUGUCAGAAAACCUCAUUGGUCCCCUAAUAUCUGUUCUUUCUCCUCUCUUCCAUAGUAAUCAAAUUGUUAGCUGUAGAGAAUUUUGGCAGUUAAUUACAUUAUACAGCUUCCUCUUAUGAGUAGAUAUUGCCACAUUGUCAAGUUCUGCUAAUAGCAUGUGAACAGAAGAGAUUAUGUAGUUUCUAGGUGGUCGCCCUAGAGCAAUCAUGCCCUCUCUUUUCACUUUUCUUCUUUUCUUGUGGCCCAGAAUGCUGAUGUCAUGAUUAUCUAUCUUAGACCAUACAGAUGAGGUGAAUCCUUAGGGGUAGUGGAAUAAUUAUCCAUCUUAGAGUUGGCCGAAUGGUUCCUGACACUGUGGAGUUUACAUACCAGCUCUAGACUGCUGAACUCU